UCAGAGAGAGAGGCUUUAGGGCAAGCAACAGUGGAAAACCUGCAGAAAUGAUGUCAGAGUGACCACGUCCACCAAUUGGAGUGGAGAUUCCCAGGGAGAGCCUAUAAAACAGUGAAAGACAACACCAGGAACAAGCAAAGGGAGGGAAACUCUGAAUGUGAGAAAUUCCAGGAACUGUCCGUCCUGUCCUGCGUGACCACGAAAGAAUUGUGACUAAAGAUGCUGGGCUGUGGUUGUGUGCUGCUUUCCUGUCUGCUGACAGUGAUGUUGUUCAACUGCAGUGUUGAAAGCCUCCACUUGACCCAGGAAAACCCAGAGUAUGUGGAGUCUGCUCCAAUGGAUAACCAUGGAGGUCAGCAUGGUCCAGUUGUGCCAAAGACUUCAAAGUCAGUCAAUCCUAAACUGCUCCUUCUGGACCAGUUGCUCAACCUGGAGAAUGAUGUCAUUGAGACCAAGAGAAAGAGAAGCUUCUCUGGCUCUAAUGCUCCACUGGACCGCCUGUCUAUCAGCACCAUGGACCCUAAGAGCAACAAGCAGAGGAAGGUGGUGGAGUUACCGAGGCGAAGGGUCACCAUUCCGAUCGAUCGGAUUGGGGUGGGGCGUCUUCCCAAUAACCGGGGUUAGACCACACCUCCAUAUAUAGGGGGUACUUGGCAAAGGAAGCCACAUGAAAAGCACUCAACUGUCACAAAUGUUUCAUUCAUUAUGUAUAACCUCCACAAUCCAAAAUCGCAAUAUUGCUACUGUCACUUCACUAUAGCUUCCCAGUCUUUGACCUUUUCCCAAACCCUGCACUCCAUCCAUCUCUGACAUUGACGCCACAUGUCCUAUUUUAAUGCAACACUUCACUAAGCAUCCUAUGUUGCAUAGCCUUCAUUAAUAGACAGCCAGCUUCUUCUCUAGAACCCUAUAAUCAGUCCAUAAUGCAAUAAGCUAGUAUUUUCAGCAUGUUCACUAUAUGGCACAUUCUUACAAAGUUGUUCUAGAAGUUUGGAUGUCAAAGGGAGAAAUAGCACAACAUUAUUUACUCAUAAUGCCUCUGCUUCAGUCCUGCCUGCUACUCAUCUUCACACUAGUACACACGUGCACACACACACCCACACAGACACAGUCUAUAUUGAUUUGACUGAAGGCAUUAUAUGUUAUGCCUUAACAUUAAACCAGAUUAAACAUGUAAA